AUGCUGUUUCGGGACUGCGGAGGAGGCGCACAUUCCUCCGCGGACUCGGAUGAGUACUCCUCCAGCGGGGGCAGCUUGGCGAGCUCCGAGUCUUACGCCACACGCGCAUUUGAGAACCGAAUGAAAGUGAUUUUGGGGUCGGUCCCCACGCAGGAAUUUGAGGCCCAGGAUGGCUGUGACCUACUGAGUUGCAUGAGGCCAAUGAAGGACGGCAACUCGCACGAGGGAGGCGAAAGGACUUGCGCCUUCGCUGAGGGGACGGGUGACGAUCACGUAUUGUGCCUGACUUCCGAAGAGGAGGAAUAUUUUGGGGCACUGAUGCAGGGCAUCGACAAAAUGGCGAAACUUGACACGGAGUUCUACGAGUACCCAUCGCCGGAGUACUUUAAGGCGCAUCCCCCAAAGCAAGGCCUAACGGAGGAAGAGAGCGCGGAGAGCGGCAGCACCUCGACUCAUCACGGUACAAAGAUUUUUAUUGGAGGCCUGCGGUUUGAGGUGGUGCAGGUGGGUAGGCAUAUGAUUAGCUGGAUUUUCGAGGUUGCAUGUGGGGUGCGACUGUCACUUAGUUCCAUUCUUGUGCAUCGUAGGUCAAAGGGAGGAAGGAGCGGCUCGCCCACCGGCUGCGCCUCGGUGUUCGUGCCUACUGAACAGGAGGUGGAGCGAUUGCUGGCGAUGAACCAGCGCAUUUUUUGUGGGGAGAAGGGGGUCCACGUGGCCGCCUCUGCAGAGCGCAUGUCAGAACUUAUUCUUUCGAAGGCCGUUGUCGAUUUCACAGACGGGCGUGCACGAGGGCCGACGCAUCCAGUCAUCAUUGAGCGGGCGUACGGCACUUCGGGCCAGCAUGGAGCACGUAGCAGCACAAACGCUACACCGCGUAGCGAAAAGUUGCCAUCUUGCCCCCCACCGCCGUAUGAUGUCGUGCCGUUGGGCCCGUCAUCAGUAAAAUCGGCCCUACAGCCGUGUAGUAACGCUUCGUCCAUGCGGAGCAAUUUUUCCGCUCCUGCGGUUACAAACACCGUAACGGUGGGUGGCGAACAACCAGGCAAAACACGACUUCUCGCGCCUGCGAACGAGCCUAUUUACCACUUAUAUCCAGGAGCUGCGGAGGUCAACAAGUUGAUGCUUCACACGUCUGCCGAGCUGCAGCGGGCCGCUGCUCUUUUUGUCGGAGGGUUUUCUGCAGAGACCGAGCGAGAGUUUGUGGCGUGGCUCUUCUCAUUGAUGUGUGUUCCCGUUCAUCCCACCAACGUCUUGCCUUACGUCGAUUCCCAGUCCGGAGCGAGCGCGGGCUGUGUUCUCGUGCGGGUGGAGGAGCAGGACGUGGCGAAGGCGAUGUCGUGGAACAAACGCGUGGUGUGCGAUGCAAGGGGAGCGUACUUUAUGGCAUCCCAGCGCGCGGUCGUCGCGUUGUUGGCGGCCCGAGACAAGGCGUCCGGCCCUGCGCGACCGCUUGCAAUCCGGCGCAAAGAUGGCGGUCGCGGUGUGCCCAACACGAUGGUCCCCGGCCCGAUGGCACCGCCGCCGCCGCUGCCACCGCCGUUUCCGGGUGCAUGGGACCCCACGCAGUCCGCAGUGACGUCAUGGCGGCGCACGGGCUCGUCCCCGAGACCACCGCCGCCACCGUACAUGCAGAGCGUCAUCAUUGGCAAUCAGACGUAUCAACUUCCCCCGGGGGCGAGUAUUCAGCUGCAGGUUGUGCCGGUCAUUACGGGGCCCAAUAUUUCGGCGGGAAGUGUGCCGUUGCAAUCGACGGCCUUGUCGAUGUAUCAGCCUAUGCCUCCCCCACCGCCUCCACCGCUGCGUUAA